GCGAAACGGACGCGAAUUUUCAUUUGUGCUGCGGAAACCAACAACAACAGACAACAAAUAAAAACAAACGAAAAACAAAACGGUCAAAAUUCCGUGUAAAAAAACUGAAGCCUUGGAAAAAUAGAACGAAAAACAUAGACGCACUAAAAGCUCAGUGAAGUCCUUUGUGGGCGAAACCGUAUAAUAAAAUAAAUCACAGCCACACGCGCUUUCUGUAACUCCUUUUCGCCUUGCCCUGCUCUUGUUUUCCCUUUUAAAUAUUUUUUUUACGAGUUGGUUUCCCGAGAAUUUCCCAUACUCGCGCGUGGUAAACAAGACUCAUUUUUUUUUUACAGUGUUUGUUUUUUGAAAGUGCAGAGAAGCUGACAAGAAAGAGAUAACAACAUAAAAACAGAAACAGCCAAAGAGUGGCAACAACAAACAAACCAACCAAACGGAAUCAAAGUCAAACAAACGCGAACGCGAAGGAAGCUUCAAAAGAGAGACAAGAGCGUGAAAAGGAGGUGGAGAGGAGCUGCGGAGAAUCUAAGUGGCUGUGAGCUGAAAUACAAAAAAUAAAAAAAACAAGUGCAACCAAAUACAGUGUUACCUGUUGUGAGUAAACUUAAGGAAACGUGGAGAGAGCGAGAGAGUGCGACAGCCGACUGAUCAAACUGUAAAUCUUGCAAUGCUCUUCAAACUGAAAUUCGCAAGGCGGGAAAAAACAAACAAAUAUAAAUAAACAAGAAUAACAAACAAAAAUAGGUAGCAAAAGCAGGAACAACAAAAGCCGAAGCCAAUUAAUUAAAUACAUAUCUACUUCAGUACAUUGUCGUGCUGCCAUCAAACUAAACUAAAUGUUGCGCUGCGUCGAGGAUUUUAAAUAAAAGGGAACCUGCCGCUCGGAAGUUGUGGCAGAAGUGCAGCAAGUGCUGCCGGGCCAAGUUCAAUUAGCCGGAAAACGGACCAUGUGAUCUGCUAUAAAUGCGAUUGUAUAUACACACACACACAUAAUCCGUUGGGAGCAGCGAUAGAUAGGGCCAGUAUAUAAUAUGUCCGGAAAUUAAGUGGACUGUAGAAAAAGAGAGAGAGAGAGAGCGAGAGAGAGAGUGAGAGAGAGCAAGCGACGGGGGACAGAUCUUGAUCUGGCUUAGAUAUAUAUCGCAUGUGCAGGGCAACGGAAACGGAAGCGUCAGCGGCAACGGAAACAGCAACGGAAGUGGAAACGGAAACGGAAGUGGCUAAGCUAACGUCACACAGUCUGCAAUAAUGACCAAGAAGUACGAGUUCGAUUGGAUCAUUCCGGUUCCGCCGGAAUUGACCACGGGCUGCGUUUUUGAUCGCUGGUUCGAAAACGAAAAGGAGACAAAGGAGAAUGACUUUGAGCGUGAUGCCCUCUUCAAGGUCGAUGAAUACGGAUUUUUUCUGUACUGGAAAAGCGAGGGCAGGGAUGGCGAUGUCAUAGAGCUCUGCCAAGUGAGCGACAUUCGUGCGGGCGGAACACCAAAGGAUCCGAAGAUACUUGAUAAGGUGACGAAGAAGAACGGCACCAAUAUACCGGAACUGGAUAAGCGAUCCCUGACGAUCUGUUCGAACACGGACUAUAUCAAUAUAACAUAUCACCAUGUUAUUUGUCCAGAUGCGGCAACAGCCAAGAGCUGGCAAAAGAACUUGCGUCUCAUCACGCAUAAUAACCGCGCCACGAAUGUGUGCCCGCGCGUCAACCUGAUGAAGCAUUGGAUGCGAUUGAGUUACUGCGUAGAGAAGAGUGGAAAAAUUCCGGUUAAAACGCUGGCCAAAACCUUUGCAUCCGGCAAAACGGAGAAAUUGGUGUACACGUGCAUAAAGGAUGCCGGUCUGCCCGAUGAUAAAAACGCAACGAUGACCAAGGAGCAGUUCACCUUCGACAAGUUCUACGCCUUGUACCACAAGGUGUGUCCCCGAAACGACAUUGAGGAGCUCUUCACCUCCAUCACCAAGGGCAAGCAGGACUUCAUUAGCUUGGAGCAGUUUAUUCAGUUUAUGAACGACAAACAGCGCGAUCCGCGGAUGAACGAAAUUCUGUACCCUCUCUACGAGGAGAAACGUUGCACGGAGAUCAUCAACGAUUACGAGCUAGAUGAGGAGAAAAAGAAGAACGUUCAAAUGUCGUUGGACGGAUUUAAGCGCUAUCUAAUGUCCGACGAAAACGCACCUGUAUUCCUGGACCGGCUGGAUUUCUACAUGGAAAUGGAUCAGCCACUGGCCCAUUACUAUAUCAACAGCUCGCAUAAUACCUACCUAUCCGGUCGUCAGAUCGGCGGCAAAAGUUCCGUGGAAAUGUACCGACAGACACUCUUGGCAGGUUGUCGCUGUGUGGAGCUGGAUUGCUGGAACGGAAAGGGUGAGGACGAGGAGCCAAUUGUCACCCACGGUCACGCCUACUGCACUGAAAUCCUCUUUAAGGACUGCAUCCAGGCGAUUGCGGAUUGCGCCUUCGUGUCCUCCGAGUAUCCGGUAAUCCUGUCCUUCGAAAACCACUGCAACCGCGCCCAGCAAUACAAGUUGGCCAAAUACUGUGAUGACUUCUUCGGCGAUCUGCUGCUAAAGGAGCCGCUACCAGAUCAUCCGCUGGAUCCGGGCCUUCCGUUGCCGCCACCCUGCAAACUGAAGCGUAAGAUCCUCAUCAAGAACAAGCGAAUGAAGCCAGAAGUGGAAAAGGUCGAGUUGGAGCUCUGGCUGAAGGGCGAACUCAAAACGGAUGACGAUCCGGAAGAGGACGCCAGUGCGGGCAAGCCGCCAGAGGCAGCCGCCGCACCCGCACCCGCCCCGGAAGCAGCCGCCGCCGCCGAAGGAGCGGCCGAGGGGGGCGGUGGAGCGGAGGCCGAAGCCGCCGCUGCCAACUACAGCGGCUCCACCACCAACGUGCAUCCGUGGCUCUCCUCCAUGGUCAAUUACGCGCAGCCCAUCAAGUUCCAGGGCUUCGACAAGGCAAUCGAAAAGAAUAUUGCCCACAACAUGUCCUCGUUUGCGGAAUCGGCGGGCAUGAACUACUUGAAGCAGAGCUCCAUCGACUUUGUCAAUUACAACAAGCGUCAGAUGUCGCGAAUUUAUCCGAAGGGCACACGAGCGGACUCCUCAAACUAUAUGCCGCAGGUGUUCUGGAACGCCGGCUGCCAGAUGGUCUCACUCAAUUUCCAGAGCUCCGAUUUACCCAUGCAACUCAACCAGGGCAAGUUCGAGUAUAAUGGCGGCUGUGGCUAUCUACUAAAACCGGAUUUCAUGCGUCGAGCCGACAAGGAUUUUGAUCCGUUUGCCGAUGCGCCGGUGGACGGUGUGAUUGCGGCCCAGUGUUCCGUUAAAGUGAUUGCCGGCCAAUUCUUGUCCGACAAGAAAGUGGGCACCUAUGUGGAGGUGGACAUGUUUGGAUUGCCCUCGGACACGGUGAAAAAAGAGUUUCGAACGCGUUUGGUCGCCAAUAAUGGCCUGAAUCCAGUUUACAAUGAGGAUCCCUUUGUGUUCCGCAAAGUGGUCCUUCCGGACUUGGCUGUGCUAAGAUUUGGCGUUUAUGAAGAAAGCGGAAAGAUUCUGGGUCAACGUAUUCUGCCGCUGGACGGUUUGCAGGCUGGCUAUCGGCAUGUUUCCCUGCGCACGGAGGCUAACUUCCCCAUGUCGUUGCCCAUGUUGUUCGUGAAUAUCGAGCUAAAGAUCUACGUACCUGACGGCUUUGAGGACUUCAUGGCCAUGUUGUCGGAUCCGCGAGGUUUCGCCGGUGCCGCUAAGCAGCAAAACGAACAGAUGAAGGCACUUGGCAUUGAGGAGCAGAGCGGCGGUGCCGCCCGAGAUGCUGGCAAGGCCAAAGAGGAGGAAAAGAAGGAGCCACCACUAGUCUUUGAGCCUGUCACGUUGGAAUCUCUGCGCCAGGAGAAAGGCUUCCAAAAGGUGGGCAAAAAGCAAAUCAAGGAGCUCGACACCCUGCGCAAGAAGCAUGCCAAAGAGCGCACCUCGGUGCAAAAGACCCAGAAUGCGGCCAUCGACAAGUUGAUCAAGGGCAAGAGCAAAGACGACAUUCGUAACGAUGCCAACAUCAAGAAUUCGAUCAAUGACCAGACCAAGCAGUGGACCGACAUGAUCGCCAGGCACCGCAAGGAGGAAUGGGACAUGCUGCGCCAACAUGUCCAGGACUCGCAGGACGCCAUGAAGGCACUGAUGCUCACCGUUCAGGCGGCGCAGAUCAAGCAGCUGGAGGAUCGUCAUGCCAGGGACAUCAAGGAUCUGAAUGCCAAGCAAGCAAAGAUGUCGGCGGAUACCGCCAAGGAGGUACAAAACGACAAGACCUUGAAGACCAAGAACGAGAAGGAUCGUCGGCUGCGUGAGAAGCGCCAGAACAAUGUGAAGCGCUUCAUGGAGGAAAAGAAGCAAAUCGGAGUUAAGCAGGGUCGUGCGAUGGAGAAACUAAAGUUGGCGCAUUCGAAGCAGAUCGAGGAAUUCAGUACCGACGUGCAAAAGCUUAUGGACAUGUACAAAAUCGAGGAGGAGGCGUAUAAGACGCAAGGAAAAACGGAAUUUUAUGCCUAAGAUUCCCAGAUCAAUGGUCAAAAGGGGAAAGAGCACCGCGAUACCAAACAGAAUAAUAAAUAAAAAAAACACACUAAAAAACAAAAAAAAAGAAUGCUGAUUUAGCUGAAGAUGCUAACAUAUAUACUUUUCCUUAUAUACUACAUUUACACACUCAUCACUCGAAAACACACACUCGCCCACAUCUUGAAAACUUAACUUUACUUACAAAUAUUUAUGUAUAUGUCUUAUGCCGGAAGCAUAAGCUUAUAUUCUUAAUACCUAGAAUUCAAAAACACUUUGUGCUUUAUAUUUAUUUAAGAUUCUGAUGAAGAUAAAAGGAUAAGGAAAAAAAGAGUCAAUGAGAGGGCCACGCAGUAAUGUGUGCAGUUUAUUGGGGACGUGCUCCUCUCGAAUUCAUUGUAAUUUAUUUUGAAAAACAAGAGAAAAAAAAAACAACCAAUGAAAAAUAAAGGAUACCAAAAUCUUGUAAGGUAUUUUGUGCUAACAACACAAUAAAAACGGUACACCGAUAAGUUUAGACCACACACAGUGCGUUUCGCAGCUAAAAGAACUAUAUUUUUGUUCUUUUGAGCGGUGAACAGUUCGCACUGUACACAAUCAUAUAUGUAUACAUAACACCAACCUAACACCCUGCCCCAUAUAGUCGUACGUUUCAAGUGAACAACUUACAUGAGUUUCCGAUUCUCCACCUAAUAGCUUAGCCAAUUAACUAACCAGUAAGCCGAAGCCAUCAAUUAACCAGUUAAGCAAUCCAAGGCGCCCACAAUUAUUCGGACACCCAAACAGCCCCAGACAGAAAUGUUUAUGUAAUUCGGUAAAAAAAUAUAGUAAGAGCUGGAGAGUCUUUUGAAGAGCAUUUAUUUUGCAAAACCUUCGGAGGAAAACCGUUAAAAAAAAUAACAAAAGCCGAAAACAGUUUCACAUGUCGUAUAUAAUAUAAAUAUAAUUACCAAAGUAUUAAAUGUGUAAUUCAAACAAAGAAACACCCCUACCGGCAGUUAUAUAUAUAACACACGCUCACACCUACCACACACGAAAGUAAUAAUAAUUUCUGAAUUAUUAAAAACGUUAAAUAGUUUACUUACAUAAAAUGUACAUUUUUAUUCGCUCUGUAUUAGUUCCGAUCUUAUUUCCAAAUUGAUAACCCGAACGAGAUAAAGAUAUUGCGAUUGUGUACUACCAGAAAAAAAGUAGCCAAAAAUAUAUACAUAUAUACACACAGAACAAAGCAUACAUAUGUAGAUUUAGUAAAUAUUAUACCAAAGUAAGAGACAAAACUAACAACUUAAGAUAGAUUCUGUUUGAAUUGUCAAAAGCGUUUAUGUUGCACUCAAAAUUUGCUGUUUGCAUGUAUUUGUAGUUGUUGCAAAGCCAAACGAAAAAAAUUAACAAAGAAGAAAACCAAGUACAUAAGAAACCGAAAAUGUAGAAAAUUAAAUGAACGAAACUAAGGCAAGGAUGCAAAGAAAUGUAAUGUAAUUUCCCAUAAAUUCUGAAUUGGUUUUAAACUUGAAUAUGUGCCCUAAAGAUCGAAAACGGAGAAGCGUUUACACUGUGCUAUUAACGAAUCGAAAACAUUUAGUUAACUCAUACAAGGUAACUGUACUAAAUUAUGUACAAUAUUUAACCAACGCCUACGACUAUGUAUUUAGAGAAUUGAUCGAGUUUUAUGAAUGUGAUAAGCGGUUACAUUUUAUUACACGAACGCGAGAAAAAGCGAAUCCCAACUACCCUUUAUCUCCAAUACUUUCGCCUUUGCCAACACUGUCUUAAUUAUAAUUUCUCCCCAAGGGCACGAGUUGAAGGUUGGUUGGAUGGAGGAAAACGAUUGCAAAGCUUUGUAUGAUAUGUAAUAUAAUGUGCCAAUCCCAAUGUUAACCAAAAAACGAGAAAGUGAAACGAACAUUGUCUAACUGAGAUCGCAACUAAUUUAUUUAUUCGCUCGUAUAAUGUAUACAUUAGAUAGAGGCCUAGCCUCUUAGUCGAAAAGCCCUCAAAUUUGGCACACUUAUAACACACAAAAAUUAUUGGCGCGGGUAAAAACUAUUCCGGUUAAUACUUCAAGGACUUGUUCCUUUUUUUUUCAAGUUAUUGUUUCAAUAAUUGAAGGUAUUACAUUUACUACGAAUAUAAUUCAUACAUUGGCUUCUCAAGAGCACUAUUAGUGAAGGUUUUUUUUUUCAAAGGCAAGUGGACUUUUCCCUAAAACCAAAGAAAGCGUAUAACGAAAACAAACAAGAAUGUUGCCAUAUAAAACCAAAACUGAAUCACUCGAGGUCAAUUUAAGAAACGUUACCCCGCCAAUCGACGGAUUCUCUACACUUAGUAAAUGUGUCAAUUUUUUAUGUUUAUUUUUUAUAUAUUUUGUUGGUAUUUUUUUUUUUUUUUUGUAAUCUUAAUAAGUUGUAGUCUUUAAUGAAGCGCUAGAGCAAAAAUGUUACAGGAUAUGCACGAUGGUGUAACCCAUACACUUGGGGCCACCCUGUUGUAGUUUGUACUUCUGUGAGAGCAAAAACCCAGAUUAUGAUUAUGAAUAGCGAUAGCAAGCGAGACAGAUAACUCGCGGAUGUAUCUACUAUCUACGUAUUAAUUGAUUAUGUUUUUGCGAACAAACAAACAAUGUAAAAUGAAUAGUUUAAAAAGAGGUCGCGGGACAAGAAGGUUCUUGUCGAUGAAAUUAACUUAUAUUAAAAAUGCUGCGUAUGAACUUAUGAUUAUAUACUAUGAACUAUAUAUAUUAAACUAUUAUGAUUAUUAUUAUUAUCUUUAUUAUGAUUAUUAUUACGAUUGUUCCGAUAUCGAAUAACUUUAAUUGCAAUAAAUCCUAUUCCAAAGCGACUCUAGAGAUUUUCCCUAGAUUUCUCCUUUUAAUUUGGAUUUUAAAAAACACUUACUCUUAUUUGUAAGCCAAUAUUUGUGGCCAGCACUAAGCUUACUUUAUGUUUUAGUUCUAGCCUCAUAUCACCGCUGUCCCAAGAGAUGUGCUAUAUGUUUGAAACCGACAAUUCGACCCCUGCAAAAAAAAAAAUAGUUUAGUUUAGUAUCCUAUAAAGUUUUAAGAUAUUGCGAACUUUUGCGAGAAACCAAAUGAGCCCAAAUGUUAGAACAGCAGCCUCACACACUAUGCAUCAUACAUAUAUCCAAUCCAAUAUAUACAGAUACAGAAACGGAUUCUCUAUUGCUAAGAUUCUAGCCUGAGUGCGUUUGUUGAUUUUACGGAACAAGCUGAGAACAUAAAGCAUACUAGUUAAUGGACAUUAAAUAAAAACCAAUACGAAAAUUCUUUGGGUUGCGUCAAAGAUUGUAAAAAACAAAAGAUUUAACAACUAAGACGUUACUGGGUGUUUUGGUGGUUAUUGGAAAUAAAUCUU